AUGUCAAGCAACAUAUGGAAGGAGCCUGCACUCUCAAGCCCCAUCUCAAUGUUUUUAUAUGUUCUCAAAUACUUCUUUGGGCUUCCUGAGCACGUCGUGUCCGUCUACCGCGCCGACGACUCCGGUCCUUUCCCUACGCCAUAUGUGGGCGGCAAUGUUCGGCCCCAAGACCGUGUCGACCACAUCACGCACCAUGGCUUCCUACGCGCCCUGAGCGGUCCCGGUCUGUUGCCGACGACCCGGCGAUACAUGAGCGCAUUAUCAGCCAGGGUGGAGGAGAGAAGCUUCUCAAGAGAGUGGACCGAGGUCGCAGAUUUGUCCACUUUCUUCCAAGAUGUAGCUGGUUCUUCCCUUGUUGAAUGCAUAUACGGUCCAACGAUGCUCCGGCUCAACCCGAAUUUUGUGCAACAUCUUUGGGGCUUUGAUGCCAGCGUUCCGUGGCUUGCUAGAGGACUGCCGUCAUUCAUCAGUCCAUUGACACAUGAGCCCCGUCAAAAUUGCGUUAACCAGCUGAAACGCUGGUAUGAAUACGCCAGGGAGCAAUUUGACGAGCCGAGCAUUAGUCCUGAUGGAGAUGGAGAUCCAUACUGGGGGUCGAAUCUUACGAGGUAUCGACAGGACAAGCUAUUAGCAGUCAAGAACCACGACGACGACGCCCUUGCGAGAAUGGAUCUUGGGUUGGCAUGGGGUGCUGUCGGAAACACUGUUCCCUGCGCCAUGCUCUGUGUCUUUCACAUCUUCAAGGAGCCUGUCCUCCUUGAGCGCGUCUGUAACGAGGUCGAGGGCUCUUUCGGUCACCAACGCUUGGCAGAAAUAAGUCCUAACAAGCUUACUAGAGUGCCACUGCUUUCUUCUGUCUAUGCUGAGGCUCUCCGUCUCUGCGUCAAGACGUACUUCAUGGUCAGCUCGCCACAUGUGGAUGUCCACUUGGGCCGAUGGAAGCUUCCCAAGGGUCGUAUCGGCCUCAUGAAUGCAGGUCUAUCGCACAUGGAUGAUGCAUUCUGGAACUCGCGCGAUGGCGAGCACCCAGUCGCUUCAUUUUGGGCUGAUAGGUUUAUAAUUGACCCAGCAGACCCCCAGAGUGGUCCUGUGGCAGCCCAUGUGCGUGAGUCUGCCGACUGGGCGGGACCGAGGCGGAUGGAUGAUGGGCAGGGAGGCAUGAGCAAAAAUGCAUUUUUCUCUCUGGAUGGGACAGAGGGGUCCUGGUUUCCUUAUGGAGCACUCUUUUCAGGUGGUCACUCAAUCUGCCCAGGACGCUUUCUGGCUAAGCGUGUAAUCCUGUUUACCUGUGCUCUGCUAGUUAGAGAUUAUGAUAUCGAAAUCUUCACUGAGAUGAAUACGUGGACGUUUUGGCUUGGCGUGGGAGGGCUGAAGUCUGCUGUUCCAUUUUGA